AUGACUACCCAACGUGAUAAAUCAUUAGCAGCAACAUCAUUAAAAUUAGAUAAAAAUGAAUCCAAAAGAAAGGAUUGUAUCCAAAGCAAACCACCAUUGUCAUUACAACAGCAUGUUAGAGCAGGAAGUAAAAAUCAGUCAUCAUCGUUCAAAGGCUUGUAUAUGCGGCCGACUAAACGACAAUCUUCAUCACAAUUGAUUAAAAUAGAUACAACAUGGAAACCUUCCGGUGUUUAUAAAUCUGUACAAGUUGACGAAGAUGACGAAUCCAAAUCCAAGCAAUUCAGAACAUCUACGACAGAAUCUAUACUACUAAAUUCACGAUCUGAUCCAGAAUUUAAACGAUCCAACAAUAAAGGAAUCUCCUGGAAACCUGCUGGCCCUCCGAAACGUCAACCAGUUCGUUAUUUCGAUCAGCCUUCAUUAAGAUGGUCUAAUAAAGAAGUAAUAGAAUCAAUGCCUGACAUUUUACGUAUGCGAAAUGCUCCGAUGCGUCGUUCUCCUGAUAAGAAAAAUGACGAAAAAGAUCGACUGAAACAACGCUCAUAG